CUUGAACUGGAGUGCUGCUGCUGUGUUUAGAGUGGAGGCCUAGAAAAAACUACAAAAAAUACAGAAAAACAAUCCUAAACUUCUUAUUACUGCGCGUUUCUGGCGGAUUAAGGCAGGAAGGACUGAAAGACGAUGUUAGGUGCGGCUUUCGUGUACAUUUGGUGAUGUUUUGAGGAGCACAAAGUGGACUUCAGCGGCGCUGCUGUAAAGUUUUGGGGAUACUGAAUAUGUACAAGGACUACCUACCGUCUAAAGAGAAGUUAUAUAUCAGAGUUGGAUCUCUGGUAUGUAUGUGCAGGAUAUGAGACAAUGUUUCAUGGGAAGGACCAGCUCAACAGCCACCUACAGACCCAUGACUCCAACAAGCAGGAGCUGCAGUGCGAAGAGUGUGGCAAACACUACAACACUCGCCUGGGUCUGAGACGGCAUGUGGCCACCCACGCCACCUCGGUCACUGGAGAUCUCACCUGUAAAGUGUGCCGUCAGGUUUUUGAGAGCAUGCCGACUCUGCUUGAGCACUUGAGCACGCACACUGGACGGCCUCCUCCAGGGGGUGUUGUGCGGGAGCGAAAGCACCAGUGUGAGCGGUGCGGCCGACGCUUCUUCACUCGGAAGGAUGUGAGACGCCAUGCGGUGGUGCACACGGGCAGAAGAGACUUCUUUUGUCCUCGCUGUGCCCAGCGUUUCGGCAGACGCGACCACCUCACCCGCCACCUGAAGAAAAGCCAUGCCCAGGAGCUUGACACCCUCACAUCUAUGCCUCCUAGUGGCGUGAAAGAAGAGCCAAGCCCCACCAUGUGCUCAUCUGGAUCCCCUAAGGAUGCCUCUGAAGCUUUUUCCAUGGGCAUGUUCAACCCCCAAGGCCUGCAGAGUGCCUCUACCUCAGGGGUCAGUCACCAUCAUUCUUUAGUGCCUGGCCCCCUGUCCAGCCCAAUGGGUGUGGGCUGCUACCUUGAGCCAAGCAAGCACCAGCCACAGCAAUACCAAGAAGCUCACAGAUACCAGCCCGGCUCCGCUACCUCAUAUUUGAAGGCCGAGAUGGAGAACUUCCUGACAGAGCUCCAGUGUGGGCCCAUGCCACCACAAGCUUCGGUUGCAACCUCCGCUUCCAGACCUGGCGAUCUUGUCCCAGACGGUCUAGGUAGUCAGAGCGCCCACUUCACCCUCAGGAACUCCGCCUUUGCCACAGCCGAGCCUUCGCCCCCUGCUGCUAACAUGGACCUCUCUCAUCUCCUAGGCUUCCUGCCCUUUGGCCUGCCACCUUACAGCGCCCCGUUGAGUUCUGGAGGCCUCGUGAUGGGAUACUCUACCACCACUACAGCCAGCUCCCCAACCUCUACCUCUCAGCUCACUGGGCCACUUACCUCAUUUCAGCCGCAGCCACUGCAUGAGCCUCAGGCUUCAGGGCAUUUAAACCAGCUGUCUGGUUUCUCUCCAACUCUACCUCGAUUCCAUCAGGCCUUCCAACAGUGACGCUGAGUGGAUCCAUCAUCUUCCGAAACUGAUUUCGAAGCUCAUUUAUAUCAUUGCCAAACGGCUCGUACACAAAGCAAUGUGCUCGUUGGAAUUGCUUGAUUUGGCCCGUACAUUGCAGAGACUGCUUGUAUGAAUUCUGUAGAAUGAGAAUACAGUCGUGUCCAAAAAUUUGGACACCCCUGGACAAACAGUGUGUUUUGUUGAUUUUCUAUGUGAAAAUAACUUCUACAGAGAACACACGUCUUCACAUUAUAAUGCACAAUC